GGGACUGCGACUGAGAUUGCCACGGCAGUUUAAGUGAUUGCAAGCGAUUGUUAAGAAUUUGUGACAGUAUUGCCGUCAGAUGUUACCCCCUCGGGGUAGAUUUAUCAAUUUUUUGGGUGCCUUUUUUCAAAGAUUUCGACUUCAAGUCUCAAAAUAAUUUAGUGUAUGGAGUUUGGGGGGUCCCAAUGAUCAUUUAGACACAAAAUCUCCACAUAGAAAAAUUUUGAAUACCAUCAUUUUAGUACUACUUAAGGCCCGACUUAAGGAUCAAUGUAACCAAAACCGCAAUUUAUUACAGGAAUCUGUAAAACAACAAGUGUGUGUUUGUAAAUUUGAGGUUAGGAAGGAAAAUUUCAUUAUUUUGCUUUUGCUUUUAAAAUUUAAAAUUAAUAAUUAAAACAAGGAUAUAAUCAUGUCGGUUUGGAAAAAGGCAGCGAAAUCCCACCAAAAGACCCAUCGAGAACGGCACCAGCCCGAAUCCAGGCAACAUUUGGGGCUCCUCGAGAAACCCAAAGACUAUCGAAAACGAGCCCAAGACUACAACGAAAAAAAAGAAACCCUCAAAGUAUUGAGAAAACGAGCCCUGAAUAGAAAUCCUGACGAGUUUUACCAUCACAUGAUCAACUCUAGAACCGAAGAGGGCAGGCAUUUCGAGAAGGAACUGGAAAUUGAAGACACCCCCGAGCAGUUGCAGCUGAUGAGAACACAAGAUUUGAAAUACAUUGUUACCAAACGUACUCAAGAGCAAAGAAAAAUUGAAAAGCAACAAGCUCAGUUGCAUUUGACUAGUGUAGAUCAUAAUAUAACAAAUACACAUAUAAGGUUUGAGAAAAAUAAGGACAAAAACAAAAAAUUGAAUAGUUAUAAGCUUGAAAAAUUGUCUGAAAUUGAAUUGCCAGAUGUUGAUCCUGCUUCUUUACAGAAAUCAGCCAGGACUCGUCAACAGCUCUACAACGAAUUAGCCAAAAGAAUCAAAAGAGAAAAGGAAUUGGCAAUAAUACAACAGAAAAUCGAAAUGAAUAGAGCAAUAGAAAAUAAAACCAACAUUCUUCCACCUAAACGAAUCAAAAAGGUUUUAAUUUAUCUCUAUACCCACAUCCAUUUUAAAUCCAUUACAUCAGUAGUUAGUGAGUUAGGUACAAUGAAUACAAUUAUUGAGAAAAUUAAAAAUAGUCCUCAAACUUUUGUGAUAGCUGAAAUUGGUCAAAAUCAUCAAGGCAAUAUACUGAUAGCAAAAGAGCUGAUUAAAAUAGCAAAAGAAUGUGGGGUGGACUGUGUAAAAUUCCAGAAAACUUGCCCCCAAGAAAAAUUCACAAAAGCUGCCCUGGAAGCUCUAUACUUGGGAGAAAAUUCAUGGGGCAAAACUUACGGAGAACAUAAGGCCUAUUUGGAGUUUUCCAAUGAGGAAUUUAUGGAAUUGCAACAAUACGCUCAGAGUAUUGAUGUUCUUUUUACUGCCUCUGCUAUGGAUGAAGUUUCUUUGAAGUUUUUAAUCGAAAUUAAUGUGCCUUUUAUUAAAAUUGGCUCAGGAGAUUCAAAUAAUUUUUUACUAAUUGAAGAGGCUGCUAAAAGUGGCAUACCACUUGUCAUAUCAACUGGUAUGGUUGAAUUUGAAACAGUCCAAAGAAUCUACAAUUUAGUCUCAAAAUAUCACAAAAAUUUUGCCUUAUUGCAUUGCAUCUCAGCUUAUCCAACUUCUUAUGAGGAUAUAAAUUUAAAAGUUAUCCAAGACUAUCAACAGAAGUUUCCUGAUAUUGUAACAGGCUAUUCAGGGCAUGAAAUUGGUUUGCACAUCACUGUUUCAGCUGUAGCUUUAGGAGCAAAGAUUAUUGAACGUCAUAUUACGUUGGAUAAAACCCAAAAAGGAUCCGAUCACAAGUGUUCAUUAGAACCACAAGAACUUAAAUUGCUUAUUGAACAACUACGAAGCUUGGAAGUUGCUUUGGGUCAACCAUUCAAACGAGUGCAAAUAUCUGAAAAGCCUUGCUUUGAAAAACUGGGCAAAAGCCUUGUGUAUGCAAAUAAUUACACAAAAGGCCAUAAAAUGACUCAUAAAGACUUCAAAGUUAAAGUUUCUGUGCCUAAAAAAGGCUACAAUGCAACAAAAUACCAAGACAUUUUGGGGAAGAUUUUGCUUAUUCAAGUGGCAGCAGAUCAACCAAUUGAAUUAGAGCAUUUUUGGCCCAAUUAGAUUAGAAUGAAAAGCUUUUGCAAAUCAUUAUUAUGUUCAAAAUCAAACGAAGUCAACCCAGUGAAAAAGAGAUCACACGUCACUCGACAGGGGUCCAAAUUAAUGGGGCGCAUGAUCCCAUUGUGAAACUAUAAUAGGAAAACAAUUAUUUUAGAAUAAAAGAGUGGUUUGUU